AUGACAAUCGAUCAAUACGAAGUUGAGUUCGCAAGAUUGUCAAAGUAUGUAUCUUGGAUGGUUGAGAAUCCCAUAGACAAAGCUCGAAGAUUCCGAGACAGAAUGAGACCGGAUCUCCAUAGCCAGAUGAUAGCCCUAGACAUAAAGACCUAUGACGGGCUAUAUCAAAAGGGUCGAAUGAUCGAAAGAGAUAUGAAAGAAAGGGAUGCCGCUUCUGGAUUGCGGUUCAACCCUAUCGGGGAUAAUUGGAACUUCAACAGGAGCCCAACGAUGAAUAAUAGGAGGUUUGUCCCUCCAGUUAAGAAGGGUAUUAGGAAACCCGCCUAUCAGAAUAACCCAAGCCGUCGUCGAUGUGAACGAAAGCACGGAAAUGGACCUUGCCCAAGUCAGAUGGGAGCAUGCUUCAAAUGUGGCCGGAUGGGCCAUCGUGCGAGGGAAUGCGGACAACAUAUUACGAGACCCCAAUUUCAACCGCCGCGACCCCAUCCUAGACUACAAGUUGGAGCUGCUCCUCCGGCCAAUCUGAAUAGGCCGCCGGCUCAAGGACAAGUGUAUACUAUGGCACGCAAAGAGACGGAGGAUGCGCCUGGUGUAGUCACAAGUAAGAUUUCUUUAUGUGGAUAUACUACUUAUGCCUUGUUUAACCCCGGAGAGUCGCAUUCUUUCAUGUCCACGCAAUUUGCUGAAUUGGCUGGAAUUAAAUUGAAACCGUUGGAUAUAGUAUUGCAUGUUACCACCCCUUUAAAGGCUAAAGUGUUAGUCUCAUUGGGGUGCCCGAACUAUAAAAUAGUUAUCGAUGGUAAGGAAGAAUUGAUUGACUUGGCUGUCCUACACAUGUUUGAUUUGGACGUCAUAAUUGGGAUGGAUUGGUUGGGUAAGCAUAGAGCUGUUAUGGAUUGUGGUAGCGGGGUGAUCGAGUUCCGUCCAAUCGGUCACCCUAGAUUUAAAUUUGUAGGGAGUCGAGGAGGGACCUCGGCCCCUUUGAUCUCGUUACUUAAAGUGACUAAGCUAUUAGAUGAAGAAUGCGAAGAUUAUUUAGCUGCAGUAGUUGAUCCCACAAGGGAGAAAUCGAAGAUAGAGGACAUAACCGUGGUGCGCAACUUUCCCGAUGUCUUUCCGCAAGAAUUGUUUGGGAUUGCCACCGAAAGAGAAAUAGAGUACGUAAUCGAGUUAGCUCCUGAAACAAAGCCGAUCUCGAAGGCACCUUAUAGAAUGUCCCUAUUGGAGUUGAAGGAGUUGAAGGUCCAAAUACAAGAACUACUGGACAAGGGAUUUAUUUAUCCUAGCGCAUCUCCAUGGGGAGCGCCGGUACUAUUUGUAAGGAAAAAGGACGGGUCAUUACGCUUAUGCAUAGAAUAUAGGCAAUUGAAUCAAGUAACUAUUAAGAACAAGUAUCCGUUACCAAGGAUAGACGACCUGUUUGAUCAAUUACAAGGAGCAUCAGUGCUCUCAGAGAUUGACUUAAGAACGGGGUAUCACCAAUUGAGGAUCAAGAAAGAGAAUAUACCGAAAACGGCAUUUAGGACAAGAUAUGGGCAUUACGAGUUUACGGUCAUGCCGUUUAGUUUAACCAAUGCCCCAGCUGCUUUCAUGGACAUCAUACAUCGAGUGUUUAAGGAAUUUUUGGAUCAAUUCGUCAUCGUGUUCAUUGACAACAUCUUGAUUUACUCCAAGAGCUUUGAAGAGCAUGAGCAACACUUAAGAAUUGUUCUACGGACGUUAAGGGAACACUUGCUUUACGCUAAGUUUAGCAAGUACAAGUUUUGGCUCAAUGAGGUAACAUUCCCUGGACAUGUGAAUCUGGAAAUGGAAUCUCGGUAG